ACCCGAAGAAGGGUAUAUCUCUAGGCAGCCUCUAGAGCAGCAGGAGAGCAGAGAAGCAUCCGAGCAGGGGAGAAAGGAGGAACGACGAAGGAGAUGCCGCUGGGCAAGUACUACUGCGACUACUGCGACAAGCAGUUCCAGGACACCGCCGCCGCCCGCAGGCGCCACCUCCAGGGCUCCCAGCACCACCGCGCCCGCGCCCUCUGGUACGACACCGUCCGCCGCCAAGAGUCCCAAGGCGGCGCAUUCCCCAUCCUCCAGCACGAAGAUCCGAUCCUCGGCCAGGGCGUCUGCAAUCACUUCCUCCGCACGGGAACAUGCAAGUUUGGGGAUGGAUGCAGGUACUUCCAUCCGAAGCCACAUGCUGUUAACCCUGCAUUAGCUCCAUCUGGUCCCGUGCCCGGAGCAAUGGUGCAGCAGCCUAAUUUUCUUGGAACUCAACCCAGUUUUGUUGGAUACCAAGGAGUGGAAGGAAAUUCUUUCUCAGGGAACCCACUAGGGAGGCACACUUCCUGGGGCAACUUACCUCCAUCGCUGGAACCACCCCCUGAAGGUGGCUAUCCUCUGCUUCCUUUUGUGGAUUGGGGUUGAAUUGUUAUCUCUCUGAAAUGUGAACCAUUGAUGAUGUUGUAUAUUUGACCGACGAAUAUUAACGCGUGGAAGAAAUGCUACUGGCAACGAGCAGCUGCUUCGUGUAUACAAAUAGAGUUUUAUUGACACUGAGAUAGUUCUGAUAUGUUGAACCUUUGUAUUGAA